AUGCGAUACGUCGAUGUGUGUUCCCUGUAUCCUUACGUGUUGAAAUACAGAGCGUUUCCCAUCGACCAUCCUCAAGUCAUCACCAGCGAUUUCGCCGAUGUGAGAGAGUACUUUGGACUCAUUCGUUGCCGCGUCCUCCCACCCCGAGGUCUGUAUCAUCCCGUACUACCCUACAAGACAGGCGGAAAAUUACUCUUCCCCUUAUGCCGAACCUGCGCCGAACAUCGCAAUUUAGGACCCGACGAUCGAUGCAGUCACACCGAUUCAGAACGCAGUCUGACCGGAACCUGGGUGACCGUAGAAGUACACAAAGCUCUAGAUCUCGGCUAUCGGCUCGAGCGCAUCCACGAAGUCUGGCAUUUCGAAAAGACCAGCCAGGAUUUGUUUCGAUCUUACAUCGACACUUUCCUGAAGAUCAAACAAGAAGCUUCCGGAUUUCCCGAUGAAUGUCAGACGCCCGAACAGAAACAAGAAUACAUCAGUGAGAUCCGGCGCCGGGAAGGCAUCUUCAUGAACCUAAUAGACAUUGAGAAAAACCCCGUCCAUGCCACUCUAGAAAUCAAAGGAGUCGAGUUGCUGGAAAAUCGAGAUCACCCCGAAGCCGACAUGAUGCUGAUCAAUUAUCAGGAAAAAGAAGAAUUUUUAGAAGACUGUCCUUUUGGCAAUGUGGUGUUAGCGUGUUUUACCACCGCACACGCUCGUUUACAUCUCUACGGGACUCUAGAGCCUUUGGGGGAUCGCGUCCUCUACUUCGAUACCGACAGCAUCAUUUACCAACACGAUGAGAGUCGGUUCAACCCCACCAUCAUCAACAGUUUAGGAGGCUGGACCGAUGAAUUGAGUGGUGACCGCAUCGUCAAAUACAUGUCGGGAGGCCCUAAAAAUUACGCGUACGAGACCCAGGGCGGAAAAUCAAUGUGUAAAGUCAAAGGACUGACGCUCAAUUAUCGAGCUUCCAGGAUCGUUUCCCUCACCACCUUAGAAAAAAUGUUGAAAGGGGAGGAAGAAGAAGUCCACGUGCGUUACCCCCACUUUAUUCAAAGAACACGACAGCACGAUGUUCGCACCAGCCCCUUAGUAAAGAAAUACCGCGUAGUGUACGACAAGCGACAGCGGGUUCAACAUUACAACACUCUCCCUUACGGGUAUUAA